UGAUGAUGAAAAAUACUCUGAACACCCUAUCUCCGUGGCUCAGCAACGACCACCACAGCCUCGCACUAUAUGCUUUGAACGUCUAAUCACCACUUCUCCGUUCUACGACUCUCAGACAGAUGUUAUUUCGCUGCGGCUGCUGCAGCUAUUUUUACCAUCACACAGAACUAGGUUGGUGAACGAUGGCGGACCUCGCGCCUCGCAACACGUGCACCUGACAUCGCGUUCACGUUCCCCCAAUCGCUUCCUUGUGUACACUGGCGUUGCAGUGGCUGGGUCAUGGCUGAUGGUGUGUGGAUCUGAAUGUGAUGGGAUUACCUAACGCGGGGAUUGUAUAAGAACUGGACUGUAUUCAAUUCGGAAAGCAAGGACGACUUUGGGACCCCGAAGGUGCUGACAAUGGCAGUGAGAAAAAGUAACGGAUGGAGGCUGAUGGCUGGUGUGUUAAUCCUGGUCUGCGUUGGGCUUAUCGUCAUCAUCGUCGCCUUUGUGGUCAAAGUUGACCUUUUACACGAGAGAGGAGAACAUAUAAAGUGUGGUUCGCGAAGGACUAACAACAUAGAUCCCUCAGAAGCUGCCCUACCUGAUCUGCAUGACGACUUGACCUUCAAGGAAUUAAAGGCCAUUCAGGAAUACAUAUACACUAUCAAUGACUUGAAUAUUGUUAAACCAUCACAGGCAACAGUUAACAGCAGUUACAUCUAUACAUCAGACCUGCAUCCACCUAAAAAGUCUGACAUUCUAGCUUAUAUGGCUGGGACGGGACCAAAGCCAGAACGACAUGCCUUGCUGAUGAUCUUUCGAGGUGAUGCAGUUCCUCCCGUUGUGGAGGAAUAUGUUGUAGGUCCUUUACCUGAGCCUACUCGACAUUCUCUGUACGUGAAUUCUGCUCGCAAAAAUCCAGUUCCUUUCGCCUUCAGGCCUGUCGGAUUUGUUGAGUUCAGAUCCCUGUUCGUCUCGCUGUAUCCGGAGAUUGACAGAAAGAUUGGGUUCAUCCUAACAGAGAGUUAUGGAGCUACAUUCACCAACUGUGGAAGCGAAUGUCUGAGUUUUUAUCCCGACCCAGUGUCUAGUGGUCUUAUGAAACAAACGGUCAGAAAAUUAUGGUUGAUAACCCUUCAUGAGCUCCCGUACAGGAGCUUACACUGUCUGGACCUGCUGAUUCUAGCUAAUCUGAACUCGUCAGAUCCAACUGAAUACUUCGUAGAAAGGUUGGUGUAUUCGGGAAAGGACUACUCUAGCUUAGAUGACCUCGCAAAGCAAUACAACAUUUCAUCCACUCCUAAGACCCAAGUACCGUUUCCCAAAUUGGACAAAGACAUGUUUUCUACCUUGAACAGAAGGGGCACGCCUGUACCAACAGAACCCCUGCGUGCUCCAAGAAUGUUUGAGCCCGACGGUAAAAGAUACAAAGUCAAACAUCGUAGUGUUGAGUACAUGCAGUGGCAGUUUGACUUCCGAAUGUCCUCCAUGCAAGGUCCCCAGCUGCACAACAUCAGAUUUAACAACGAAACCAUCGCCUACGAAAUUGGACUGCAAGAAAUUAGUGUUUUCUACUCCUCAAAGAACAAGGCAACUACCAGCGCUAACCUUCUGGACAGCAUGGCCCUGAUAGGGUCCACUUCACAUGAUCUCGUUCCAGCUGUGGACUGUCCGGAAACAAGCACAUUCUUCAACACAACAUAUAUAGGCGAAAGCAUGACUGACGAUCCUAUAAUUUUAAAGAAUGCAUUUUGCUUGUUCGAGCAUAACAAACACACGCCUUUGAGAAGGCACAUGGCGUAUUCUUUAUAUGGUGUGUAUUCGGGCAUGCCGGAUAGUGUUCUUACUCUCAGGAGCAUUUUGACAGUGGGCAACUACGACUAUGUGUUAGACUUCAUAUUCCAUCAGAGUGGAGCGCUGGAGGUUAGUGUACUAUCGACAGGUUAUAUUUUGUCAACCUUCCAUACGCCUAGUGAAAAACCUUAUGGUUUUAAACUCCAGGAUCACAUUACGGGUCCUCUUCAUCAUCAUGUUGUUCUGUUUAAAGCAGACAUUGACAUCCAUGGUACAGAUAACAGAUACGAGACUCUUGAUAUUUCCACGGAGGAGGUCCCCAAUUAUCUUAGCAGCGAUCCAAGUGACACUUAUUUCCAGAUCCGGUUUGACCGGAAGUUAAAGCGGACGGAGCUUGAGGCUGCGUACAAGUGCAACUUCGACCACCCUAAGUACCAUAUCAUACAUAGCAACGAAUAUCAAACAAGACACAACGAGCUUAAAGCGUACAGACUGCAGUUAGACGGAAUGUCCAAGCAGCUGUUGCCGGAGAACACAGGGAACGAGCCGGCGGUCUCCUGGGCUCGCCACCAGAUGGCAGUGACCAAGUUUAAGGAGGAGGAGCGCUACGCAAGUUCCUGCUAUGCCGUGUUUGAUAGCUUUGACAACACUGUCAACUUCACAACAUUUCUCGCUGAUGAUGAAGAUGUUGUAGACGAGGAUCUUGUGUUCUGGAUUCCAAUGGGAGCUCACCAUAUCCCUCACACGGAGGAUCUGCCUGUGGUUUCUACUUCCGGUACCCAGAUGUCCUUCUCGUUGUAUCCAUACAACUACUUUCCAGAGUGUCCUUCCUCCCAGUCACGUGACUCAAUAAGAGUCGAGCUCAAAGACAAAAACAGCCCCGAAGAUGGUUUCACAGUUGAGAGAUACGGCAAUGCACCAAACAUCACGUGUCUUGCGCAUGCGCCAAAUCUUGAACAACACGUACCACACUGAAACAAGACCUCGAUGUACAGGUGUGUUCAAUACUUUGGAUAUAGGGCUCAAUCUAAAGCCCAGUAUUUCGACGCGAGGAGUUGCCUCGCUUAGCCCUGCCAGGAUACACUGGUUGUAGGCACGAAUCAUAGAUGGUGUAAUCAGUGACGCAAAUAUUCACUUGGUGGACAAUAUGUAACAUUUCAUGGCCAUCUUGAGUACUUCUCAGAGACAUAACAGUUGUUGGAUAUUACCCAUAAGGGUAGACUGAUCGUGUGCAAUAACUUUCCGAUAUUUGAACAUGUGCAUUUUACCGAUUCUCAAAGCUGAUUGGUCAGCUGAAGCCAUAUGACGUCACAGUGACUCGUUGUUAAGAAAAAAAACAAGGUCUUUUAUUGUUCAUGACGUCACAAUUGAGUCUGAACAACAGGAUGGCUUCAGUGAUGUUUAUCUUCAUACGGUGUUUUUUUUUCAUUUUCUCUUAAAACAAGUCAAUGAGGAAUAUCCUACUUGAAAAUCGCAAGUACAGAUUAUCAGUUCCCCGAGAGUGAAAUGAUGUAAAUAUAAGCAGCAAAACCGUUUCCAUUUCCAUGAGAAACAACUGCCCAAAGCAGAGUCGAUUGUACGAUUCCGACUAUAUCACGAGCAUGUGUUUAUGAAUCACUAUCAAACAGUGAUGAUCCUAGGUGUUCGCGAAAACGUGAGCGUAUCCAGACCCACCCGUGGCGCCCGUCACAAACACACGCAAAGGCACGUCAAUUGUUCACCCGAAAAAAGACAUGGAAACAUAUGGUUAAAACAGGGAAUUGCAAGGGACAUCAUUUUGUUCACUGUGGCGUCAAAUUUGGAAAUGUCCUCCACAUGGCUACCAUAAAACGUUUUGAAAGCUUUAUUGAGGCCUUAAAUGUUGUAAACUUGAUCAUAAAACUUCAAAGCAAGAGUCGUAUACUAGUCCCGCUCCUAUUAACACAAUUCAUUCACUUGGGAUGAAGGUCUCAAAUCACCUUGCCAGCCGAGCCAUCUCAUCUGCAUUGAUACCCCGAAACGCAUCUCUGAGGAAUCCUCGUAGACAGCUGGCUUCUCAUAGGGUCAGGACGAGCGUGCCUCUUUGAUUUCCCACGCUGCAAUGAUAAUGGAUACUAUGUGUUACGUACCACUCAAAGUCCCUGAGUCUGACUGACCGAUCCAUGUGGUCCCCUCUUACGACAAUAAUAGGUUGCUGGGGACUGAUGCCAACUCGGAAUCCACACAUCGGUAGCUUUGGCACCAAUGUACCAAUUCUAAUAUCGGAUAAAAGCCAAGGGAUUGCGAGUCAUCGUAUCCUGGCGGCGUGGAUGGUUGCUCAUGGUGUCAAUCACUGAAUUCCUCAGUUCCAGAUUGGACUUUUUACAGACGACCGUCACAGAGCUGGAAUAUAGCUGACCAGACACAGAAACCAAAGCAGGGGACGCAGGCCAGUUUCACGCAGGUGUAUGAAGGACAUUCGUACUACAGUUUGCAGUUGGAGCCCUCGUCGAUAUUUUACGAGGAUGUGAGGUGAAGUCGGGUUGAAGCUCGCGAUCAAGAUUAUUUCACUCAUAUAGCAACUGCCGUAUUCGACGUAAUAAGCGCCCCGCUUUAAUAAGCGCCCACGGCGAUAUUUGCUAAUAUAUUGGCUAGUGGACAAUCCCAAUUAGCACCCUUCCG